AAUGCCAGAUGUAGCUGUGAGCUGUGUGACUGGCUGUAUAAAUGCCAGAUGUAGCUGUGAGCUGUGUGACUGGCUGUAUAAAUGCCAGAUGUAGCUGUGAGCGCUGUGAUUGGCUGUGGGGGUGCCAACCUCCAUCUACUGUAGCUAAGUGACUCUGAGAAGAAGCUCAGUGAACAAACAUCUGAACUGUCCUUUAAGAUGAAUCAUCAGCUGCCUGAGAGAGCUCCGCCCUUUACAUGACAUCAUCUGAGACAAACCAGGAAACAAGUUAGUUCCUGUUGAGUUGUGAGUGAGAAGAGACGCACCGACAGACAAACAGACAGACAGACAGGCAGGUAGACGGACAGACAGACAGACAGACGCUGCACUCAGAGACAAAAUGGCUUCCAUGUCAGAGGAGGAUCUCUGCUGUUCGGUCUGUCAUGAAGUCUUUAGAGAUCCUGUUGUUCUGUCGUGUACUCACAGCUUCUGUAGAGACUGUCUGAAGAGCUGGUGGGCAGAGAAAACAACACAGAAGUGUCCAGUUUGUAGGAAAAGAUCAAAAAGGCCAGAACCACCAGUUAGUCUGGUGUUAAAGAAGCUGUGUGAGUCCUUCUUACAGCAGAGAGAUCAGAGAGCUUCAGAGGCUCUCUGCAGUCUGCACUCUGAGAAACUCAAACUCUUCUGUCUGGACCAUCAGCAGCCAGUGUGUCUCGUCUGUCUACAUUCAGAAAAACACUCCAACCACAGAAUCAGACCCAUCGAUGAAGCUGCACGACAACACAAGAAGAAACUCCAGGAAACUCUGGAGCCCUUAAAGGAGAAGAUAAAGGUUUUUGAACAAGUUAAAGUGAAGUUUGAUCAAACAGCAAAACACCUGAAGGUCCAGGCCCGACGCACAGAGACCCAGAUUAAGGAUCAGUUUAAGAAGCUUCACCAGUUUCUAGAAGAGGAAGAGGAGGCCAGGAUGGCUGCACUGAGGGAGGAAGAGGAGCAGAAGAGUCAGAGGAUGAAGGAGAAGAUGGAGGCUCUGAGCAGAGAGAUAGCAGCUCUUUCAGACACAGUCAGAGCCACAGAGGAGCAGCUGAGAGCUGAAGACGUCUCAUUCCUGAUCAACUACAAGGCUGCAGUGGAAAGAGUCCAGCAGAGCCCCCUGCUGGAGGAUCCACAGCUGCUCUCAGGAGCUCUGAUAGACGAGGCCAAACACCUGGGCAACCUGAGCUUCAACAUCUGGAACAAGAUGAAGGACCUGGUCUCCUACACUCCUCUGGUUCUGGACCCAAACACUGCUCAUCCAUAUCUCAUCCUGUCUGAAGAUCUGACCAGUGUGAGAGGAGGGAAGGAACAGCAGCUUCCUGAUAAUCCAGAGAGGUUUGUUUACCCCACUGUCCUGGGCUCUGAGGGCUUUAACUCAGGGACUCACAGCUGGGAUGUCGAGGUUGGAGACAGUACAGGCUGGAUACUGGGUGUGUUAGCAGAGUCUGUCCAGAGGAAGGGAGACAUACGGUCUGGAUUAUGGACAAUACAGUUCUUGUUUGGUGAAUACAGAGCAGUGUCUCCACCAGCUCCAUCCACUGUUCUCCCGUUUAAGAAGCAGCUCCAGAGGAUCAGAGUGACUCUGGACUGGAACAGAGGAAAUCUGUCGUUCUCUGAUCCUGAUACUAACACACACAUACACACCUUCACACACACUUUCACUGAGAAGAUGUUUCCAUUCUUUGACACUGUUGGUAAUCUGAAGAUAUCCCCACUGAAGGUCUGUGUGACUAAACAACAGGUCUGAUAGAGACACACACACACACACACACACACACACA